AUGUCCUCCUCUAUCAAUAUCCCGAGCAGAUCCUCGUACGGUGAGAGCAGUAAGGCUGCACCAAGCUCCAGCUCGACAUCCUCUUAUUCCAGUUCUCCUCAAACACCACAAAACCAAACUGCCUCCUCUUCUACUUCUCCCAGUUCAUCCUAUGGUCAUAAUCGGAGACCUAGCUUGCUCAGCUCGUCACUUUCGAAGCAAGAGCACACUGUCAUCAACAUUGGUGAUCCCGAUGGGGUUCCGCGUCUGCAAAUUAACGCUAUGCUAGAAAUCUUCCUCCCCUCCUAUGUCGAAUGCGACUUCGAAUCCCUCGAGCGAAAGCGUGACCCCGUCCAUGAGAUCGUCCUCAGUGACGAGGAGAUCAAAGAGAUGCUCCCUCAAUAA